UGCCUGAUUUGAAAUUUCAGGAGGGGGUUCCUGAGGAAACUGAUGACUUUGGCGAGUUUCGGAUGCGGGUAUCAGACCUGGUGAAAGAUUUGAUUUUCUUGAUUGGGUCUAUGGAGUGUUUUGCUCAGUUAUAUUCUACUCUGAAAGAAGGCAACCCACCCUGGGAGGUGACAGAAGCGGUUCUCUUUAUCAUGGCUGCUAUAGCAAAGAGUGUUGAUCCGGAGAACAAUCCAACAUUGGUGGAGGUCCUAGAAGGAGUCGUUCGUCUCCCAGAGACUGUCCAUACAGCCGUGCGAUACACCAGCAUUGAGUUGGUUGGAGAAAUGAGCGAAGUGGUUGAUCGAAAUCCUCAGUUCCUUGACCCUGUGUUGGGCUAUUUGAUGAAAGGCCUAUGUGAAAAGCCUCUGGCUUCUGCUGCAGCCAAAGCCAUUCAUAAUAUUUGCUCUGUCUGUCGAGAUCACAUGGCUCAGCACUUUAAUGGACUCCUGGAGAUUGCUCGUUCUCUUGACUCCUUCAUGUUUUCUCCGGAAGCUGCAGUGGGCUUGCUAAAAGGGACAGCUCUUGUUCUUGCCAGAUUACCGUUGGAUAAGAUUACUGAAUGUCUUAGUGAACUAUGUUCUGUUCAGGUUAUGGCAUUGAAAAAGCUGUUGUCUCAGGAGCCCAGCAAUGGCAUAUCCUCAGAUCCCACUGUGUUCUUAGAUCGCCUGGCAGUGAUAUUUAGACAUACCAAUCCCAUUGUGGAAAAUGGACAGACUCAUCCAUGCCAAAAAGUCAUACAGGAAAUAUGGCCAGUUUUAUCCGAGACUCUAAAUAAACACCGGGCUGAUAAUCGGAUUGUAGAGCGUUGUUGCAGGUGCCUUCGCUUUGCUGUUCGCUGUGUAGGCAAAGGUUCUGCAGCCCUGCUGCAACCACUAGUCACACAGAUGGUGAAUGUAUACCAUGUACAUCAGCAUUCCUGUUUCCUGUACCUUGGCAGUAUCCUUGUUGAUGAGUAUGGCAUGGAAGAAGGCUGUCGGCAGGGACUUCUAGACAUGCUCCAGGCACUGUGCAUCCCUACCUUUCAACUCCUGGAACAGCAGAAUGGUCUCCAGAACCACCCUGACACUGUAGAUGACCUGUUCAGGCUAGCUACCAGGUUUAUUCAGCGUAGCCCUGUCACCUUACUGAGGAGCCAAGUAGUCAUCCCAAUCUUACAGUGGGCCAUUGCCUCUACUACCCUGGAUCACCGGGAUGCCAAUUGUAGUGUCAUGAGGUUCCUACGAGACCUCAUCCAUACAGGGGUAGCCAAUGAUCAUGAAGAAGACUUUGAAUUACGAAAAGAACUAAUUGGACAGGUGAUGAACCAGCUUGGACAACAGCUUGUAAGCCAGCUGCUCCAUACAUGUUGCUUUUGUCUCCCCCCCUAUACCUUACCAGAUGUGGCUGAAGUGCUCUGGGAGAUCAUGCAGGUUGACAGACCGACCUUUUGUCGAUGGUUAGAGAAUUCUUUGAAAGGUUUGCCAAAGGAGACAACUGUGGGAGCUGUUACAGUGACACACAAACAACUUACAGACUUCCACAAGCAAGUCACUAGUGCUGAGGAAUGUAAGCAAGUUUGCUGGGCCUUGCGAGACUUCACCAGAUUGUUUCGAUAGCUCACACUCCUGCACUGUGCCUGUCACCCAGGAAUGUCUUUUUUAAUUAGAAGACAGGAAGAAAACAAAACCCAGACUGUGUCCCACAAUCAGAAACCUCCGACGCGGCAGAGGGGCCUUCACUGCCCCCAGGGUGUCCAACCCAGACAGGGAGAGACUCCAGCCUUCCCAGGCGUCCUGAGGAGUUCCUGUUUGGGGGUGUGAGGGAAAAUCAGCGCGGUUUAAAAAAGAUGGCUGCAGCCUGUCCGGCGUGGUGGGAGGGGAGCUGGUUUCCUGGUGAACUUGUUUCUAAAAGGAAAAACAAUUUCAAGGAAAUAAAAAGGAAAGCUAAAUUGAAACCAGUACUGAAACAUUCGCCUGAUAAGCAAAUGGUAUACACAGAUACAACACGCUAAGUGCAGUACACAUAGAAAAACAAAAGUGAGGACUUGAUGUGAAACAAAAAUAUUCACUUAGGGAAAAUGUGGGAAAUCAAAUGAAUUUUAAAUAGCUACAGUUGGAAGUAAAGGGUCAGGGUCAUCUCUGAGAAUUUUCUAUUGUUUCACCUUCUUUCCCUCUCCUACUCCCCCUCCACUUCCCAACUUUAACACACGUGAAUAGAAAUAUUCCUCCCCCAACUGUUCUUCCUGCCUUGAGUUGUUAUGACAAGAAGCCUAUUCUUCUAUAUGUCAUGGUCAUGUCAGUGAUACUCAGGACCAGCCAGGGUCAAAAUUCAUAUUUAUGUAUAACCCAACCCUGACCCUAUUCAAUCUCUGAAUCCAGCCUUUGAGGGGGAAGAGCCACAUUGAGGUAUUGAGGUGGGGGGGGAUAGGAUAUAAAUGUGUAUUUUGUUUAGUUUUUCUUUCUUUUUUUUCCUUAGCAAACUAUUCACCCACAGACAUGAGGAAAAAAAAUAGGGUGGGAGAAGCAGAAGUGUUUACAGGGCUAAUUGUAUUUUACUAAAAAGCGUGGAAACUAACUGACUUCUUGUGGGGAUAAGGGCCAAAGUGGGGAGCCCAAACAGAUCUUAAUGUUUAAAAGGAGUGCAGCCCUGCACAGCCAUUAGAUUUGAGGGCACUGUUCUGUCUGGUGUUGUAGCCAUCUCAAGAACAAAUGAACAGCAACAAAACAACUGCAAAAAAAAAAAGACAAUAAAUUUUUAAAAUGUAA